AUGUUGACUGACAUGGGACCGUUCUGCAGUCAGCCAUACGCUUUCACGACCAAGUCGCUGUUCUGCGGUCACUUCGACUACAAGUACCUCCGUUUCCAGUGCAUUGAUACCCCUGGUAUCCUCGACCACCCUCUUGAGGAGAUGAACACCAUUGAGAUGCAGUCCGUUACCGCUAUUGCCCACUUGCGAUCUGCUAUUCUUUACUUUAUGGAUCUCAGUGAGCAGUGCGGCUACUCCAUCCAGGCCCAGAUCAACCUGUUCCAGAGCAUCAAGCCCCUGUUCCAGAACAAGAUCGUCUUCAUCGUCGUCAACAAGAUCGACGUUGUCAAGCCCGAGGAUCUUGACGCCGAGACCCAGGAGAAGCUCCAGAACCUCCUCAAGUCCGGCGAGGUUGAGAUGCUCCAGCUUUCCUGCAACACUCAGGAGGGCGUCCAGCAGGUCAAGAACACCGUCUGCGAGCGCCUCAUCGCCGAGCGCGUCUCUCAGAAGCUCAACGCCGGCACCAAUGCCAGCGGCGCCAUCGGUGGCCGUCUUGCCGAUGUCAUGGCUCGCAUUCACGUUGCUCAGCCUAUGAACGGCCAGACCCGCGAGACUUUCAUCCCCGAGGGCAUCAAGAACCUCAAGAAGUACGACAAGGAAGAUCCCGAGCGUCGGAAGCUCGCCAAGGACAUCGAGGUCGAGAACGGCGGCGCCGGUGUCUUCAGCGUCGACAUGCGCGCUGACUGGCUCCUCAAGAACCCUGAGUGGAAGUAUGACAAGAUUCCUGAGGUGUUCGACGGUAAGAACGUCUACGACUUCAUCGACCCGGACAUCGAUGCCAAGCUGCAGGCGCUCGAGGAGGAGGAAGAGCGUCUCGAGAAGGAGGGCUACUACGACUCGGACGAGGAGCUCGACGACGAGGAGGAGGCCGACAUCCUCUCCAAGGCCGAGAUUAUCCGCGAGAAGCAGGCCCUCAUCCGCAACGAGGCCAAGAUGAAGAAGCGUCUCAAGAACCAGGCCAUCAUCCCCCGCAAGUCGAUGCGUGUGCCUCUGUCCCAGAUGGACGACGCCCUCGACCAGCUCGGUGUCGACACUACCGACAUCGUCAACCGUGCCCGCUCCCAGUCUCGUCCUCGCGGCCGCUCCGCCGGCAGAUCCCGCGCCGGCACUGAGGACGUCGACGCCAUGGACGUUGAUGGCACUCCUAGAGAGCGUCUUCGCUCUCGCAGCAGAGCCAGAAGCCAGGCCGCCACCAACAGACGUGAGGACGGUGUUCAGGACGAUGCUGCUCGCUCCAAGGCUGAGCGCCUGGCUAAGCUUGGCCAGAAGAAGAUGAACAGAUUCGCGAGACAGGGUGAGGCCGAUCGUCACACCACGGUUUCUCUGCAAAGGCACUUGGUCGCUGGCAAGCGUGGCAUGGGCAAGACGCAGAGACGUUAA